AUGGCUAAUGAUGCAGUUGUGGGCGCGAUGGUGGCGGUGGGGGAGGCAAGGGUGUGCUCCGACGUGGUGGCUGUGGGGAAUGCUUGUGAUGCGGCGCAGGGAGGGGCAUGCUAUAACGCUUGUAUUCAAAGGCGUCCAAACGGGAAGCCAACGUGCGAGCGAAACACUUGCAUGUGCUAUUACGAGUGUAUCGUUCCUCCCCCAAAGAAAUGUAACUUGGGUUUGGGUAGGUGCAGUAGUGCUUGCAAUGACCAAUGCUGUAAUUCCAAGUGUGCUUCUGCCCAUCCUGGUGGCGGCGGCUACUGCGAUGACAGUUUGGGCAAACAAAAUUCCGUGUGCCAAUGCUCAUUCCCUUGCUAA